GAGAGGAUUGGAGGACUGGCGGCGGGGCGGAGAGCUUCGAAUCUGGUUUUGCGCGGGAAUUGGAACGGCCGCCGCCGCUGCCGACAGGAGGCUGCGAGCUGCAGGUUUCCAGCCUUGGAGGGGACCAUGGUGCGGCCUGCGAGGCACAAGAAGCCAGUGAAUUACUGCCAGUUUGAGGACUCUGACAGUGAUGAUGAUUUUGUUCCUGCAACCGCACCGUUAAAUAAAAAAUCCAGAAGUACACAAAAGGAGUUAAAACUAGAAAAACCAGAACCUAAACUGAAGAAUCUCCAGGAAAAAGACAUCCCACUACAAGAGAAAACCCCUAAAAAAAGAAUGCCUUUAGAUGAUAAGCUCUACCAGAGAGACCUAGAAGUCGCACUGGCUUUAUCAGUGAAGGAACUUCCAGCCGUCACCAUUGAUGUGGAGGAGUCUCAAGAUAAAAACAUUGACAAACAUGGCAGUAGUGAAACAGAAGCAAUGAGUAAGUCUCCUCAUAUCUCCAAUUGCAGUGUAGCCAGUGAUUAUUUAGAUUUGGAUAAGAUCACUGAGGAGGAUGAUUCCCAGGGUCCUCAGCGGAGAAGAAAAGCGGCAUCCCAAGCCGUGGUCCAGCAGAGGAAGAUUCUUUUGGAAAACAGCGACGGCGACGGUGCCGAUGACUCCGAACCAGACUUUGCAACUGGUGAGGAUUCUGAGGACGAUUCUGAUUUUAGUGAGAGUGAAGAUGAUGAAAGUUUCACUGUGAGAAAAAGUAAAGUUAAAGAAAUUAAAAAGAAAGAAGCGAAAGGGAAAUCUCCAGUUGAAAAGAAAGAGAAGAAAUCCAAACGGCAUGAUGUGGUGACUUCAGUAGAUUCUGCUCCUGCUGCUGUCAAGUCAGAAUCUUGGCCCUCACCGAAAAAGGUUUCUCCUUCUUCAGAGGCCACUAGGAAGCCGUUACAAAUACGAAGUCCUCCAGCUGAAAGCAAGAGACCUAAGUGGGUCCCACCAGUCUACACCUACAUCCAAAGCCGGUUCUACCGAUCCCCAGAGGUGAUCCUGGGCCAUCCCUACAACAUAGCCAUUGAUAUGUGGAGCCUGGGCUGCAUCAUGGCCGAGCUGUACACGGGCUACCCCCUGUUCCCUGGGGAGAACGAGGUGGAGCAGCUAGCCUGCAUCAUGGAGGUGCUGGGCUUGCCACCGACCCACUUCAUCCAGACGGCCUCCAGGAGACAGACGUUCUUUGAUUCCAAAGGUUUUCCUAAAAAUAUAACCAAAAAGGGGAAAAAAAGAUACCCGGAUUCCAAGGAUCUCACCAUGGUGCUGAAAACCUAUGACACCGGUUUCCUGGACUUCCUGAGAAAGUGUUUGGUCUGGGAGCCUUCUCUUCGCGUGACCCCUGACCAGGCCCUCAGGCAUGCUUGGAUUCAUGAGCCGCGGAACCUCAAAGCACAGCCCAGGCUUCAGACCUUGAGGAAAGCCAGUCUCUGUUUCCCUUCUGAGGCCAGGAAGGGCAAGGUUCAAGGGCAACAUCACUUGGGCAAACAAGAGGUGAUCCUUCAAAUAGAGACUAAAGACAAAAUCAACGAAGGCGCCACUAAACAGGGUCAGAACUCAGGUAGUCAGCAGGGCUCUGUCCAGCACACAGCUGAAGUCCAGCUGCCUCAUCUAGCAGAAGCUUCCGGAAAGCCCGAGGCAGUUGUUGGGCCAGCGAAGUCCAAGGCCUCCACAGGACAACAAAACAAAAACUGCUCCCCCGAGAACACAAACAUUUUACCACCUAUUGUGUGA